AUGGUCACGAGAGGUAGCAGUCAGGGGAUGGCUGGAAAGCGAGGGGCGGGGAUUGGAGAGAAGAAGAAAGGGCAGGGGGCGAGGCGAGAGGUGGGAAGAGGAGGGAAGGGAGGGAGGGGGAGGGGGAGGGGUGAGAGAGGGAGUGAGGGGGAGGAAAAGAGGGAUGAGGGAGAGGGGGGAAGCGCAGAGGGGGAGACAGAAAGGGCAGAGGAGGAAGAGGUAGGAAAGGAGGGGGAGGAAGAGGGAAGGAAGGGAGAGGAGAAGGGAGAGGAGGAUAAGGGAGGGGAGGAAGAGAAGGGAGGGGAGGAAGAGAAGGGAGGGGAGGUAGAGGGGGAGGAGGAUGAGAAGGAGGAAGAAGGUCAAGGGGAGGCGCAAGAGGAGAGAAUGUGUCUAGAGGGAGGUGAUAGAGGGGACUAUGGGGAGGAGGAUGAGGGGAAGGAUGGGGAAAAUGAUGGGCGGAACGAGGAGGGGAAUGGAGGGGGGAGUGACGGGAACGAAGGGGGGAGUGACGGGAACGGAGGUGAAAAGGGGGGUGAGGGGAUGGAAGGAGCGGAAGAGCAAGGUGGGGAAAAGGAGGGGGGAAAGGAAGGGGGAGUUGAGCGUGGGGAAGCGGGAGAGGGACACGGGGAAGGGGAGGAAAGGGAGGAGGGGGAGGAAGGGGAGGAAGCGGAAGAAGGGGAGGAAGACAAGGAAUGGGAGGAAAGGAAAGAAGGCGAGGAAGGGGAGGAGGAUAAGGAAGAGGAGGAAAGGGAAGAAGGGGCGGAAGGGGAGGAGGGGAUGGAAGGGAAGGAAGGAAAGAAUGGAAUGGAAGAGGAGGCAAGUAAAGAGAGCGAGGAGGGUGGGACGAAAGAGAAAGACUCUGUACCCGAGGAGGCAGGAGAAAGUGUGAGUACGGAGCAUGAGGUGGUGGAGGGAAGGGCGGAGGAGGAAUGGGAGAAGGAAAGGAAGGAGGAAAGAGAGGAGGAAAUGGAAGAGGAAAAGGGGGAGGAGGAAUGGGAAGAGGAAAAGGGGGAGGAGAAACGGUUGGAGGAAAGGGAGAAGGGACAGGAGGGAAGAAAACAGGAGGAGCAGAAAGUGGAAGGGAAGCAGGAAGGCGAGGAGAAACGGGAGAGGGAAAUGAGAAGGGAGGAGGAGGAAGAGGAGGAAGGGGAGGAGGUAGGGGAGGAGGAGGAGGAAGGGAAGGAGGAAGUAGGGGAAGAGGAGGAAGGACAGGAGGAAGGGGAGAAGGAGGAAGGGGAGAAGGAGGAAGGGGAGAAGGAGGAAGGGGAGAAGGAGGAAGGAGAUGAGGAGGAAGGGCAGGGUUGCAUAAAGGCGGAACAUAAGGUCUUGGGGGAAGUCGGUCGUGAGGGAGAGGAGGAGGAGAAAGACGCGAAGCAGGUAGAAAACGAGGCGUGCGAAGAGAAAGAAGUGAGUGUGAAGGUAGCGGGAAGCAGUGAAGGAUGGGAGGUGGAGGUGGAAGGAGAUGAGAGAGGAGAGGUGGAAGGGGAGGGGGAGGGGGAAGGAGGGGAAGGAGGGGAUGGAGGGAUGGAGGAGGAAGAAGGGGAGGAGGAGGAAGCAGAAGAGAGAGGAGGAGAAGAGGGAGCGGAAGUGGAGAAGAGGGAAGCAGAAGAGGAAAGGGAAGAGGGAGAGGAGAGGGAAGAGGGAGAGGAGAGGGAAGAGGGAGAGGAGAGGGAAGAGGGAGAGGAGAGGAAGAAGGGGAGGAAAGGGAAGAAGGGGAGGAAAGGGAAGAAGGGGAGGAGAAGGAAGAAGGGGGAAAGGAAGAAGGGGGGAAGGAAGAAGGGAACGAGAGGGACGUGGGGGAGGAGGGGGAAAUGGGGGAGGAGAGAGAGAAAGAGAAAGGAGAGGGAAGACAAGAGAGGGAGGGGGAAAGUGGAGGAUGGGGAGGAGAGGGAAGUGAGGGAGUUCAUAGAAGAGGAAGGGCACGUCAGGGAGGAGAGGCAAGAAGAGGGAGAGGACAGGGAGGAGGAAAAAGAAGGUGGAGAGAUUGGGGAGGGGCAAGAAGAGAAGGAAGGCAGAGAGGAGGUUGGGGAAGAGAAACGGGAAGAGGGAGAGACGGAAGAGAACGAGGAGGAGGGUGAGAAACGGGAGGAGGAAGAGACGGAAGAGAAAGAAGAGGAGGGUGAGAAACCGGAGGAGGAAGAGACGGAAGAGAACGAGGAGGAUGAGAAACAGGAAGAGGGAGAGACGGAAGAGCAAGAGGAGGGUGAGAAACAGGAAGAGGGAGAGACGGAAGAGAAAGAGGAGGAUGGUGAGGAAAAUUUGGUGAUGGAAGAAAGAAAUGGUAUAAAUCAAGGGGAGGAGAAGGUGGAAGAGGGAGAGGUAAAGGAAGCGAAAGAGGAGGAUGAGAAACAGGAAGAGGGAGAGACGGAAGAGAAAGAGGAGGAUGAGAAACAGGAAGAGGGAGAGACGGAAGAGGAAGAGGAGGAUGAGAAACAGGAAGAGGGAGAGACGGAAGAGAAAGAGGAGGAUGAGAAACAGGAAGAGGGAGAGACGGAAGAGAAAGAGGAGGGUGAGAAACUGGAAGAGGGAGAGACGGAAGAGAAAGAGGAGGAUGGUGAGGAAAAUUUGGUGAUGGAAGAAAGAAAUGGUAUCAAUCAAGGGGAGGAGAAGGUGGAAGAGGGAGAGGUAAAGGAAGCGAAAGAGGACGAGGAGGAAGGGGGGAACGAGUUGAGCAAUGAAGGAGAGAAGGUGGGAGAGAGAGAGGUAGAGGGUGAGGAGGGAGGAGUAGAGGACGAAGGUGUGAUGGAAACAGCGAUGGAACGGCAGGAGAAGGGGAUGGAGAAUUUCUCAGAGGCUGACGAGAACCAUCCCAAGGGAAGGGAGAAUGGGGUGGAGGAGGAAGAAAGGGUAGUGGGAAGUGGGGAGAACAGAGGGGGCGUGCAGACGGAGAGAGAAGGUGGGGAUGCGGAGGAGCAUUUGGAGGCGUCGCGGCACCUGAAUCCGGGAAGUCGGGAGGAGGAGCGAGUGGGUGGGCAGGUGGGUAGAGACGGUGGGGAGGCGGAGGAGGGUACUGGUGGGGGAAGUGCUGGGACGAAGGCAGGAGGGGGGAGCGCUGGGACGAAGGUGAAGGGGCGGUUGCAGGAUAUUCGACAGUGGUUGGGAGUGGUGGUGGAUGGCGGGAAGAGGUUGGAAGAAGGGAGGGGAGAGAGAGGAGGGCAGGAAGCAGGGGAUGGAAGAGGGCAGAAAGCAGGGGAUGGAGGAGGGCAGGAAGGAGGGCAUAAAAGGAAAAACAAGGCGAAGGAAGGGGAGGAGCAGGAAGCAUUGGAGAGAGGAGGGCAGGAAGAAACCGGGAAGGGUCUUGCAUUGAGACGCGCCAAAGCACAGGACGAGUGGCCCAUGGGACUUCAACCUCAAGCAGUAUCGUCUUCCCUCAACAGUAACAGCAGCGCCGCUGGUGCUGGUGCUUCCAUCAGUAAUUGUACCCCCACCACCAACAGCAAUACCAUUCCCAACAGAAACACCAAGCGUGUGUCCAAAAAGACCGCCUCUAGAAUCAAAUCUGCGGGUGCUGGGGCUACUGGUGGUUCGCAGCCUCCUCCCUCCAAACCCUCCCAAAAGCUCACUCCUCAGAAGCGACGAGCUGAUUGUCUCUCUGCAAUAGCUCCCUCUUUCUCGGAGCACUCCUGUUCGCCUCCUCUUCACGCUCCCUCUCCGCCCUCCCACACUCCGUCCUCACCUUCCCAUCGCAAGUCCCCUUUUGAGUCGACUCAAAAGUCUCCUCUUCAUGGCCCCUCUCCGCCCUCCCACACUCCCUCCUCACCUUCCCAUCGCUCCUCCCCUCCUGCUGCUGAUGCCGAUUGCUGCACCCCUCAAAAGCGUCAACGCACGGGUGUGCAUUCCCCUUUACCUGCUUCUCCUGCUGUACCUCCCUCUCCCGCUUCUUCUUCUCCUCCCCUUGCUCCCUCUCCUCCUCCUGCUGCCCCCGCUGCCCCUGCUCCUUCUCCCUCUGCUCUCUCUCCUCCCUCUGCUCGUGGGAAGGCCUUUGAAGCGCCUCUAAACCCCUGUGAUAAAGGUGCUGCUGGGGAAUCAUCUGAGAACAAGAAGACUUUCAAAUUGACUCACAAGUCACCUCGGAAGGCCUUUGAAGCGCCUCUAAACCCCUGUGAUAAAGGUGCUGCUGGGGGACCAUGUGAGAACGAAAAAACUUCUGAGUCAACUCACAAGUCACCUCGGAUGGCCUUUGAAGCGCCUCUAAACCCCUGUGAGAAGGGUGCUGCUGAGGGAUCACGUGAGAAGGAGAAGGGCUCUCGGAGCAAGCUCGGCCCUUUGGCUUCCCUCCUACACAGGCGCCAGCAGUCACAUGCUGCGCUGCCUGCCCCACUCGCUGCCCCUUCCACUGCCCCAGCCACCGCGACUCCCACUGCCCCUCCCGUUUCCCCACCUACUGCCCCACCCAUACGUCUUGACAUUAACUCUGCUCCUUCGCCCCACCCAACCUCCCCACCACCUGCACCUGCCACUAUUCUGCCCUCUCCUCUGGGCUUCUCAUCAGUUCCUUCUACUCUCCCAAAUUUCCUGCCGCAAGAGCUGACGAGCCUACACGUUUUCAUCGAUCCUGUCACCGUGCCUAUCACCAAGCCAGCUGCUGUACCUGGUGCUGCCGGCACUGCUGAUCACAAGCUCGGGGGAGGCUCGGGAAAAGGUGGGGCAGGGAAGGAGGUGGUGACCGGAGUGGGUUUACCUGGUGGGGAAGCUGCGGUGGGGGUAGGGAGUGAGGGGAGUGGGGGUGUGUGUGGGGGGGUAGCAGUGGAAAAAGGCUCGCUGGGACUGAAACGAGUGACUGCUGCUGAUCGUGAGAAGAUGGGCAGUGAUGCUUCGAGGAUGGUUGGGGUGGGAAUGGAGAAAGGAGGGAAGGGAGGGUUGUCAGGAGCAGCAGUGCGCUUGAUGGGGUUCAAUUUGAUGUUUUCUCAAGCACCAGUCACCACCACCACCCCUGCUGCCUCUGGGCCUGCAAGGCCUUUUGGGUCUGCUGCUGCUGCUGCUGCUGCUGCUGCUGCCAGUGCUGCUGCUGCAGCAGUUGCAUCGGCACACUUCUCACAUCCGCCUCUCACCCCCACGCCACCCGCACACUCAGCUGCUUCUCCCUCCCACGCCUCCCGCUCCCAUCUCUCCCUCUCCUUCGUCUCCGAUCCUGCUCUGGCCGAUGCUUUAGAGCCAGUAAUAGGCUCGCAAGAUAGCCUCGUGCGCAGCUACUGGGAGCGUGCGGUUUCUGAGUCGCCCCAAAAGACUGUUAGUCCGUCGCGCCAGAAGACUAAGAAAGCUCCUAAUGAGUCGCCUCUUAAUGAGUCGCCGCUGAAGGCUACUAGUGAGUCAGUUUGUAAGGGUAAGGCUGCUGCUGUUGAUUCGCCCCAGAAAGCUGUUUCUGAGUCGCCUCAGAUAUCAAUUUGCUCGCAGGACAGUCUGGUGAGGAAGUACUGGGAGGGCGUGGGGGGCGUGCCAAUUGAGGGGUGUGAGAGGGAGGAGGAGCGAGAGGGAAGAGUGAAGGGAGGGAAAGGGGAGGAGGGGGCAGGAGGAGGGGAUGGAUUGAAUCGGAGGGGAGGGGCUGUUGAAACGGGGAGUAUCAAAACAGCUCCUGCCGGUGCUGAAAUGAGGAGCGCCCGUAGUUUGUUUACUCAGGCGAGCAUUGUUGGAUCACAGGCUAAGGGCGCAGAUGCAUGUGAGGUGUUUGCGCCACCAACUAUCACACCGGCUGCUACUUUGAGGAGCGCCCGUGGUUUGUUCAGUCAUGCGAGCAUUGUUGGAUCACAGGCUAAUGUUGGAGCCGCUUGUGAGACGUCUGCACCAGCUGCUAUUGUACCACCAGCAGCAACUUCAGGGGCAGCUGCAGCAGCAGCACCAGCAGCAGCAGCACCAGCAGCAGCACUCGCAGCACUCGCAGCAGCAGCAACAGCAGCAGCAGCCGCUUCAGAAAAUGCAAGCAACCAUGCAGAAUCAGCCCCAGCAGCAGCUGCAGCCGAGUGUUGUGCAGCCCAGUGCCGUACAGCCGGGAAUUGUGCAGCCAGCACAUCAGCACAGUCAUCCAGAGCCACAGGAGCACGGCCAGAAGCACUCCUUGGCACGACCCGCAAAGCCGAAGGCAGUGAAAGCAAGGCCAAGGAAAGCGUCAAGAAUGCAGCCGCCACAGCAGCAGCAAGAGGAGCAGCAGCAGCAGCAGCAGCAGCAGCAGCAGCAGCAGCAGCAGCAGCAGCAGCAGCAGCAGCAGCAGCAGCAGCAGCAGCAGCAGCAGCAGCAGCAGCAGCAGCAGCAGCAGCAGCAGCAGCAGCAGCAGCAGCAGCAGCAGCAGCAGCAGCAGCAGCAGCAGCAGCAGCAGCAGCAGCAGCAGCAGCAGCAGCAGCCGAGUCUACACCAACCACAUGCCUGGCGCUCCAAAGACCGCUCAAGUCUCGAGCUACACUCCUAAUCAGUGUACCCGUCACACUCCAUGUCACUCUAACCACCACAACCCCUCUCAGCCUGCUCAACACAUUUUCUGUCAGUCUACUCACCACACUCCCUCUCAUGCUCACCACACUCCCUCUCAUGCUCACCACACUCCCUCUCAUGCUCACCACACUCCCUCUCAUGCUCACCACACUCCCUCUCAUGCUCACCACACUCCCUCUCAUGCUCACCAUGCUCCCUCUCAAUCCACCCACCACACUCCCUCUCAGUCUACCCACAACACUCCAUCUCAGUCCACCCACCACACUCCCUCUCAGUCCACCCACCACACCCCAAAUCACAGCAUGGUAG